AUGGCGGUCAAAAUCGAUAGUGUGUCCAACAACCCUGACCAAAUUGCCCAAAUCCAGGCAGCCAAUGGCAACACCCUCCCCCUGUCCGACCAGGAAAAGACCACUCUCGACCAGCUCGAAUUCUCCGCAGGCGACAGAAUUGUGCUCACCGAAGAUGACUGCUACGAGGAACUCGGCUUUUGCUUCCCAUCCUGGAAGAAAUGGACCAUCCUCACCAUCAUCUUCUUGGUUCAGGUCUCCAUGAACUUCAAUACUAGUCUAUACUCGAACGCCCUGGGCGGGAUCUCGGAGGAAUUCGGAGUCAGCAUGCAAGCCGCCCGGUGCGGUGCCAUGAUCUACCUGGUUACCUACGCGUUUGGUUGCGAACUCUGGGCCCCUUGGAGCGAGGAACUCGGUCGCAAGCCCAUCCUGCAGCUUAGUAUGCUGCUCGUGAAUAUCUGGCAGCUGCCCGUUGCCCUGGCGCCCAACUUUGCAACCGUGAUGAUCGGUCGUGCUUUCGGAGGGAUAAGUCUGGCAGGUGGUUCGGUGACACUCGGAAUGGUGGCAGAUCUGUGGGAACCCGAGGACCAACAAUACGCCGUCGCGUUCGUGGUGUUUUCGUCGGUCGGUGGCUCCGUCCUCGGCCCUGUGGUUGGAGGAUUUGUGGAACAGUACCUGCACUGGCGAUGGGCCAUGUGGAUUCAGCUGAUCUUCGGAGGCUUUACGCAACUGAUGCACCUGGCCUUCGUGCCCGAAACCCGCACCUCCAUCAUCAUGGACAACAUCGCCAAGAAGCGGCGCAAGAACGGCGACACGAAGGUUUACGGCCCGAAUGAGGUUCUCUCCUUCAAGGAGCGUUUCUCCAUGCGCGAGAUCUUGAUCACCUGGAUCCGCCCCUUUAGGAUGUUCGUGACCGAGCCCAUCGUCUUGACGCUUUCUCUUCUCAGCGGUUUCAGCGACGCCCUUAUCUUCAUGUUCAUUCAAUCUUUCUCCUUGGUGUACGCCCAAUGGGACUUUAGCCCCGUAGCCAUUGGCCUUUCGUUCUGCGCUAUCUUGGUCGGCUACGUCGCCGCAUGGUUCUCGUUCUUCCCGGCCAUCCGGAGAAACGAGGCCCAGCGCCACUCUAAGCCGGAUGACGAGCACGCCCAGUAUGAGAGCCGCCUCUGGUGGCUGCUCUACACUGCGCCUUGCCUUCCUAUUGGGCUGAUUGGUUUUGCGUGGACUUCAUCUGGCCCACCAUUGCAUUGGAUCGGAUCGAUGGUUUUCGCGGCCAUUGUGGGCAUCGCCAACUACGCCAUCUACAUGGCGACGAUCGACUACAUGAUUUGUGCUUACGGGCCUUACUCUGCGUCUGCUACCGGUGGCAAUGGAUUUGCUCGUGAUUUCCUUGCUGGUGUCCUCACUGUGCCGGCGACGCCGUUCUUCACCAAUAUCGGAGGUGAACGCCAUCUUGAAUACGCUUCGACUAUCUUAUUCUGCAUCUCCGUCGUCCUUGUCGUUUCCGUCUACGUGAUUUACUGGUACGGACCGACCCUGCGAAAGCGCUCGCCGUUCGCGCAACAACUUUCCAACGCUCGUGCCGAAGGUGCUCUCAACAGCCGUCGUCCUUCCACGGCGAACAUCGGAUCGCGGAACGUGUCUAGGAGAAACAGUCUCGUUGGCGGGUCUCGCGCAGCUUCACGCAGGAACAGUCUGGUGGGCGGAUCCCGGGCCGCAUCGCGACGGAACAGCCUGACUCGGUGAGAGUGAUUGCAUGAACAUGCACUCUAUGUUUUUAUGCUUCAAAAAUUACCUAUCACCGAGAUGAGAACUCGGACAUAAUGAUCAUGCCUAGAUGCUAUGUACACUGAAAUGUGAAAAAUGUCUAUACAUUAUACCCUUC